ACACAGCGGCGCGGCGGCAGCGGGGCCUGGGUCUCACAAAGGGGUGGGUGUCCGGGUCGAUGCGCGGCGCUGGACCGGCUCAGCCCCGGUGGUGGCGCUGAGAGGAGGGUCCAUGGAGGAGGCGGGCGGCGCUGCGGCGUCGCCAGACAUCGACCCCGACUUCGAGCCUCAGAGCCGGCCGCGUUCCUGCACCUGGCCGCUGCCGCGGCCUGAGCUGCCGGCGCAGGCGGGCGGCGCGGCGGGCGCGGCGGAGGAGGACCGGGGCGGCGCGGCGGAGGGGCCCGGACGGACCGAGGCGGCGCGGGCGGGCGGCGCAGCGGCGCGGAAGGGCGGCUCCCGGCGUAAUGCCUGGGGUAACCAGUCCUACGCCGAGCUCAUCAGUCAGGCCAUCGAGAGCGCCCCCGAAAAGCGCCUGACACUAGCGCAGAUCUACGAGUGGAUGGUCCGCUCCGUCCCCUACUUCAAAGACAAGGGUGACAGCAACAGCUCCGCCGGCUGGAAGAACUCUAUUAGACAUAACUUGUCCCUGCACAGCAAGUUCAUUAAAGUCCAUAAUGAAGCCACAGGAAAGAGCUCUUGGUGGAUGCUCAAUCCUGAGGGUGGUAAAAGUGGAAAAGCACCAAGAAGAAGAGCUGCGUCUAUGGACAACAGCAGCAAACUUGCAAAAGUCAGAGGUAAAGCAUCCAAAAAGAAGCCUUCUCUCCAGUCUGCUCCAGAAUCCACUGUUGACAGUCCUGGCUCCCAAUUCUCUAAGUGGCCUGGGAGCCCAUCUUCAAGAAGCAAUGAGGACUCUGAUAUGUGGAGCACCUUCCGGCCUCGAACCAGUUCCAAUGCAAGCACCAUUAGUGCAAGGCUUUCUCCUAUCCUGACAGAGCAGGAUGACCUUCCUGAUGAAGAGUUGCUUCCUUCUCUAGUGUACUCCAGUGCAUCCAGCAAUGUUCCACCAACUGUGACUGAGGAGCUUGAGCUCAUUGAUGGGUUAAACUUGAUGUCUCCCAGUUCAUCUGUGUUACCUGCUCAUCAGUCUGCCUCAGGCAGUCAGAUCCAGAGAGAUUCCAGCUUCUCCCUGCGAAGCCCAAAUGCAGCUGGUCACACCACUACAUUUGGCAAUUCCUUGUUUAAUCCUGUUGAUAUCUCACUGCAAAGUUCUGUCAGCCAUUUCUCUGGCCCUCAGACCUUGGAAGCUCUUCUGACACCCAGCUCUCCACCUCCAAGAGAUGUUAUGAUGACUCAGGUGGAUCCAGUUCUUCCACAGACUGGUAACAGGAUGAGCAGCCAAACUCUUCUGCUUCUGGGUGGACAAGCCACCCAGAGUAAGGUGAGCUCAGGCAAUCCACGAGGAAAGCCUGCAGAGCAGCAGGCAGAAUCAGUAGGUGCCAGUGUUUUGCCAUCAACACUUCCAAUUGCAACAUCUCCUCAAAACACUGCCAGCAUCACCAGUUUGAAGGCUCCAGUUUCUGUGACAACUGCCCAGUCAGUCCAGCUGGGCAGUCCUCUGCUCCUUUCUUCUGCUAGCCCUGCUCCCUUGGGAUUGAACCAGGACAGGCUGCCCAUUGAUCUGGACAUGGAUAUGUACAUGGAGAACCUUGAAUGUGAUAUGGAUUACAUAAUCAACAGUGAACUCAUGGAUGGAGAAGGACUGGACUUUAAUUUUGAACCUGUUCUGUCAACUGCCAGCUAUCCGAGCACCUCACAGGCCUCCAACCAUACCUGGGUACCAAGUUAACUUCAGGAGCACAAAAAGUGUCCUUCAGGUUUUGAACAUCAGGUUCUGACUUCCCUUCCCACCUCUGGCAGAGAAAAGAAUGGAGCAUUUUGGAUUCGGUUUCCCUGCACACAAUGCCUUGGGCAGAAGAUGCUGCCCACCUGGGAAGAAAAUGCAACCUGCAUCUGGCUGCAUCAGGAGGAGUUUAAAAAUAGUAUCUGGCUGCAACAGGAAGAGUGUUAAAAGAAGAAUCCUGUUACAUGCCAUGGCUCUUCCUGCAAACCUGACCCUGCUUUGGAUCAUCUGGAGAAAACCUGGGCUGUACAUGUCCAAAGAGGAGCCCUGGAAAAAAAACUAAGCCAGAAGACUGUGCCAGGCAAUAGCAUUUUCCCAUGUGAGGAGUUGGGUUUGUUGAAGGAAUGUCUCAAAUGCUACCCUCUCUCUGCUAUGGCAGAAAGUCUCCCAGUGCCUCAGGCUGGCAGAGGGCUGGCUCUGCUCUCACUUGGCUUGCCUUUUGGAGCAAAGUAGUUGGACAUUUUCAUUAAGCCACCAGAUGUGUGCUUGGUGUCGCCCAGACUUUCUGAGAAAAUAGAAGGAGCCUAUUGGUGGAAGCCAUGCAGGAAAAGAGUGUGCUAUUUCAGAGGUUGGUUUCAGUGUGCCCAUCUCCAGAGCACCCAUUACCAUUCUGCAGGGAAGGGUGAUGGUUGUGGUGUAGAAGCUUCCCCUUGUCCAUCUGAGUGGAACAGGAGGACAUUGUGUUUUUCACUGUGCCAACUGAGCCCCGUUGAAUCCGAAGGAUGCUUCAAGAAGGCCCUAUGCUGUUCUCAGCACUUUCCUAAUACACCAGGCUGCCCUGUAAAAUAAGCCCAGGUGCUACUAGCUGUUUCUGGGACAUAAAAACAUAACUUUGGGUUUGUUACUGAUCUGUCUUGCUACAGCAGAGAAAUGGAAAGCCUGGGUGUGGCCUUAACAGAGCCCUGGUUGCUUUUCAGAAGGGCAUUUUCUAUAGAUGGAAUAUUUUUUUACUAAUCUGGGAACUUUCUACAGUGAACAUGAAACCAAUGUUAAGUGUUUCCCCAUUAAGGUGUAUUAGGGAUCUCACUCUCUGAGAAGGUACCAGUGUCAGACUUCUUUUUCAGAGCUGUAUUAGGGAUAAACAUAUUUUAUUUUCAUAAUGCAUAUAAUUGAGAGGAGAAAAUUGGCAACUACCUGUGGUUUCAAACCACCCUUGGGAAGAGUUGUACUUUAUUGUAAUCUAUAUGUAAAAGUACCUGCAAAUUACAUAGAAGCUUUUCUAAACCUUUUUAAGUAUAUAUAUUAUAUAUUUUAAUUGAAAAUGAGAUUAUUGGAUAAAAAAAAAACAAAACACCACAUUUGUUGCAUCUAUUCCCUUGAUAUCGGAUCACAUUAUCAUAUGGGAGGGGCCACGCCUAAGGCUUUUUGGGCCAAGAAGCUGAAAAUGUUAUUGGAAAAGUGGGAAGGGCACCUUGUUGUAGUUGGGAACAGCUGUUCUCCUUAGAACAGGCAGAAGGUCCCUGCAUGGCAAGACAUUCAGGCACAGCUGCUCAGUCUCUUUCCUGGAGUGAGCACUCCUGACAAACCAGGAACAUGGUGUUAGGGAAUGCUAAUCAUUAACUGCGUGCUCAUUCUCAUGUAAUCUGUUAAGUAGCUGGACUGCAGCUGGUGAACAGGACAGAUUCCCUAGUUUGCCAAGAAGAUAGUUUGGACUAGAUCCUGCUAGGUCUGCUGACACUCUGGGUAGUCCUUGGGGAGGCUCAGUUGGUUCUACUUGUUAGCUCACUUUUGGGUUUCUGAAGGUUUUUUUUUUGGUGAAGUUGCUGCUUCUGCUGUGAAACUUGAAGCCUGUAGGCACACCUAUGGUAACGUGCCUGGGAUUCUGCCCUGUCUCUUUUUUCUUGCAGGACAGAAGAUAGGAGACAAGAAGUUAGUUCAGAGCAUUAGCUGGCCUGUUGCUGUCACCUCUUUCAGUGUUUGCAAUGGUAGGAUCUGUGGGAGACAUGGGCUGUCAUGGUGUUAUGGUAGACUUGUUCUGGCAGAAAGCCUCUCUGGUGCUUUUUGAACGUGGUGGUAGUGGUUUCUGUUCAGAAGGUUGGUAUCAUGCAGUGCAAUGAACCAUGCUGCUUUACCAACCUUGUCUGCCCUGUUUUCUUGGGUUUUAAUUCAUUUUCAUUUAAGAGGAAAUUGGAACAGGAGUGGUUUAUUUAUUUACAUGCAACAAGGAGUCUUUCAACAGUCUCAUCUUUAGAGUACUCUGCCACAGAGCCUUCAAAUAGUUCACUAACCUUUGCUGUGAAAGCUGUCUUCAUGACACACCUCAUGGUGACAUGUUUCAAAUUUACCCACAAUAUGCAUCUCUGGCCACACCUUUUUGUAAUGAGGAAAGAAGGCAGCAGAUCCUAAGCUGGGAUCCCAGGUUGUGCAGACUUGAGUGAUGGAUGCAUAUUCUCAUUGCAGUUAGUUCAGUACACAAAUGGAUGGAUACCUUUUCCACAAACACCUGAUGGCAUGUGCAGCACAAAAGAAUCAGGGAUUAUGGGCUACAGUUAAGAGAUCUGGUGUGAUUGUGUUAUUUGGCACUUUGUGUCACUUUGUCAGCUUGGAAGCUGAGAGGAAAUGAAUCCCACGAUCUCCAGAGCAAGUUUCACAGCUGUGUGUGAAAGGACAAGACAUCGGUAUGUUUGUUCAUCUUGUAUGUGAAUCUCUUGCUCAUUUCUUAAGAAAAAGAGCCCAAAGCUGUAGGAAGGAUGAUAUGAAUACCCAGUACCACAGAGCUGUGAAUCCAUGGUGAGCUGUUUACGGAUGGGUUGGUGUGUAGGACAGAAGUGCUGUCUUCAGGCUGUUCAAGGUGGACUGUGUGUGAUGGCAUUGGGGACCUGGCCUGAUCUCUGACUGUGGAGACCCUCACUCUGAGCACUUGAGUAGUAGCCCAGGGACAUCUGACAUACUCUCAGCUAGUACAUGUCCUCAGCAUGUUCCAGCUGAAGGAGCUGCAGCCCAGAUACACCAAGGCUCAUCAUGGUUGGUGUCCUACAGAGUGAGUCCUUUUAUGGAAUGAAGCACGUAUCUUUCCCCACCCCAUACUACCAGGCCAAACUCCUGAGGAAUCAUCUGCCCCAGGGACAGCACUAGAGAUAGGGGCACUUUUGGCUGGAGUCCUGCCAUACCAAUGUGCUGUCAGUGACAUCUCUGUCUUGCAGCAGUCUAUGCAGGUGCUCUCCAUUUCCUCAACAGAAGCUGGCCUGCUGCUGAAGGAGCCUGAGAGCACAUUGUUGGGUUGUUAGGAAAACCAGCAGUGCUCAGAGUACUCAAUAGAGCAUGAACGCAAUGUGGCAGGCUUAGGCAGACAACUUAGCUUUCCAUUUGUAUGUGUAGCAGGAUAACUUGAAUCAUGGGCACAGAGGACAGGCAUGCAGAGAAUUUAGGAGUUCUCCAGCCCCUUCUCAAAUAGCUUCCUUUUCACAAACCUUGAGCUUUUCUAGACUGGGGCUAAACUUCAAAGUUCCUAAACUGCUGCUUGCUGAAAGGCUGUACCUCACAGGGAGUUGCUCAAUACUUGUCCAUUUUUUUAAUUCUUGCCCAAAGUGUUUGCUGCUGACUGCUGCUGGAUUCAGGACAAUGUCUUGGUGGAUCUUCAUGGCAUCACAGAACCCAUAUUUGUGGAGUAGAUUUUGCUCUAAUAAAAGAUUGUGCUUUUGAGAGCAGCUGUAAGCUGAGUGGGGAGGGAAGUGACAUGGGGAGUGAUGCUCCUGAAUAAUAAGGGGAGUGAGCAGGGGACUUCUGACAUGAAGCCAUAGGUUGUACUGCAUGUGUUUUCUUUGUCCUCACUGAGCUUGGGUAACAAGUUUUUCAUCUCCAGAGGAUCAAAUGCCAUCUUCCACACUGUGAAGCUACCAUGCAGCUUUGGGCCACAAAGGAUUUGUCUAACUGAGCCCAUGGAGCCUAUAAGGAGUCAAGCUUGUUGCUUUUAUUUACACCUGGGUUUAGCAAAUUUUUUGAGCUUCCUUUAUAAUUUAAGCAUCUUUUACUAUACUCCAAGCCUGUGAGAGCUUGGAAAGCUUCUUGGAGCCUUUACAUUUCCUUGGUGUGUCUAAAAACAUGUCUUCCCCUACCCUGUGCUGCUUUAAAAACAGCAGUCAAAUCACCCUAGUAAAUGAGAGGAAUGAAAGCCCUGGGAGCAUUCCAGAGCCUGGGUGUAUUAAUAACUUUGGCUCAUACUAGAAGCAAGUAGCACUAAUCAGCUUUUCCAAAUGAAAUGCCUAGAAAGCUUUUAUGUAGAUUGUAAUUUGUAAAUUUUCUUAUUUAGUUGAUUAUUUAUAGUCACACUGAAAUGCUUCAGAGCUAGCCUUGCUUGUCUGGUGACAUGGGUGGGAGUGUUUUGGGACUGGUGUCCUGGACUGUCAACAAAAUAAUGUACAAAUUUUGUCCCAUUAUAAAAAAAUAAACCCCAAACAACCAAAC